AUGAAUAUUUUCGAUGGCACCAGAGUGGAUGUCGAGGAGAUGAAGAUGGGUAUCAGAAACGCCUCGGCCAGACUGAAGGCUGAGUUCAAAGCCAUGCAGGAUACUCUGGAGGUCACAGGUCACGUAGCACAGAAGGUCAUCGCCUCCUCCUUCAUCAUGCUGCUGCUGGGGAGUUCUGCCAGUUACCUGGUCAGGUAUCUCACAGACCUAAAGCAUGACAAUGUGUGUCAGACACGCCGGCUACAGGAGUUACUGAGGGCCCGGGGGGUGGAGGAGCUCCCAGAGGCCUACAGAAAGAGGCUGGUGAGGACCAGGGGCUGGAGGAUGACACAGAGGGAGCUGAGACGAUGCCUGUGGGGAGGCACCAUCCUGGGCUUCUACUGCCUGGUAUGUGCCCUGGUCCUAGGGCUCGACCACCUCAUCUACUCUGUCCUGCAGACGUCUCUGAGCUGGGCACAGGACAUUCCUGAGGUGAAAACUACCAUCUCACUCCGUGUGAAGAUUACAGCCCUAAUCAUUGGCUUUAUCCGUGAACCUGCGGGAGAAAUGAACAAAGAGUAUCGCUACAGGAUCCUGCUGUUGCCCCCGGACUGCGUACGUCCCCUGUCCCCCCCAGACCCGUCUGUCCUCUCUACCACCGCAGCCCUCUUCCUCACCGCCCUGGUCAUGAUUCUGGGAGAGGUGUUCUCCAGGAGGAUCAGGAGGAAGAUCUGCUCGUCCUUCUACAGAGACAGAGAGGAGGAACGAGCCUUGUACCUGCGGGACAAGAUUCUAUUAAAGCUGGAGGAUGAGGGAAAUAUUUCCUAGAUUGGUAAACUGGAAGGCGGAUCAGACCAUAAACCUCGGGAACACGAUUCUACUGCAGACCAACGAUGACUAGAAAUGAACACGAUUCUACUGCAGACCAACGAUGACUAGAAAUGAACAAGAUUCUACAUAUACAUUAAUCAAUCA